CCCACCUGACAUCUUCUUCCCUCUCUCCCAAUUCUCCCUUUUUUUUUUUUUUAAACAUAAACAUAUAUAUAUAUAUAUAUAUAUAUAUAUAUAUAUAUAUACAUAUAUAUUCACACACACACACAGAGACAAACACACUUGCGUAUUCAUAAUUCUUACAUUCAAACACAGGUGUAGAAAUAAAGCCGAUUCUUUCUGUGUCCAGUGGAGAAAUCAGAAAUGCUCUUCUGGGUUGCUCUCGGAUUUGCCUGUUUUUGAGGAAGAAGAUAGCUUGUCUCUGCAUUUUACUCUAACAAGAUGAGGGGAGGGAGCUUGUGGCAACUUGGACAAUCCAUCACCCGUCGCCUUGCUCAGGCCGAUAAGAAGGUUGCAGCCCGUCGAUGUUUUUCCUCGGAAGCUGAGCUUAAGAAGACUGUUCUUUAUGAUUUCCAUGUUGCUAAUGGAGGGAAAAUGGUACCUUUUGCUGGAUGGAGCAUGCCUAUUCAGUACAAGGACUCAAUCAUGGACUCCACAUUGAACUGUAGGGAGAAUGGUAGUCUCUUUGAUGUUUCCCACAUGUGUGGGUUGAGCUUGAAGGGGAAAGACUGCAUCCCAUUUCUCGAAAAGCUCGUCAUUGCCGAUGUUGCUGGUCUUGCCCCAGGGACUGGAACUCUCACUGUCUUCACGAACGAGAAGGGUGGUGCAAUUGAUGAUUCAGUGAUCACCAAGGUCAAGGAUGAUCACAUAUACCUGGUUGUCAAUGCGGGUUGUAGGGACAAGGAUUUGGCCCACAUUGAGGAGCAUAUGAAGUCAUUCAAGGCCAAAGGUGGGGACGUCUCAUGGCAUAUACACGACGAGAGAUCUCUUCUGGCUCUCCAGGGUCCUCUUGCUGCUCCAGUUCUUCAACACCUGACAAAAGACGAUUUGAGCAAGGUGUACUUCGGGGAGUUUCAAAUGCUGGAUAUCAAUGGGGUGCAUUGCUUUCUCACUAGGACAGGGUACACUGGUGAAGAUGGAUUUGAAAUUUCAGUUCCUUCUGAACAUGCAGUAGACCUUGCCAAAGCAAUUCUGGAGAAAUCUGAAGUUAAGGUGAGGUUGACGGGGCUUGGUGCCCGAGAUAGUCUCCGACUUGAAGCUGGGUUGUGUUUGUACGGUAAUGACAUGGAGCAGCACACAACUCCCGUCGAGGCUGGACUCACCUGGGCCAUAGGGAAGCGAAGAAGGGCAGAAGGUGGCUUCCUUGGUUCCGAUGUUAUACUAAAACAACUCAAAGAAGGUCCUUCAAUCAGGCGAGUUGGUCUCUUCUCUUCGGGCCCCCCAGCUCGAAGCCACAAUGAGAUUCAGGAUGAGAGUGGAAAUGGCAUCGGUGAAGUUACCAGUGGGGGAUUUAGCCCAUGCCUCAAGAAGAACAUUGCCAUGGGGUAUGUGAAAUCUGGAUCCCACAAAGCAGGAACAAAAUUAAAGAUCGUGAUACGAGGAAAGACCUAUGAUGGGGCUAUCACAAAAAUGCCAUUUGUACCUACCAAGUACUACAAGCCAUCCUAGUUCAUCUUCUGCACUUAAGCUCUGAGAUUUGUCUUACUAGUUCAUCCUUUUGACAUGUUUUUUAUGAACUGGAUGUUACAAAUCAAUACUAAAUCUCUUUAUAUGCUCGCUAAAA